AUGAAUCCGACAACAGAGGGCGUGCGCAUAUCGGUUGAGGAACAAGACCAUGAUUUGUCGGAUAGACCUCUCAAGAAGAUGAAGAAUAUCCCACAAUUACUCUCUUCUUCCACAUCUCACCCCACACACAAACCCCUCAUUUCUCCUCCCCAACCUCCAAGUUUUCGUUUUCCUUUCGCCCUCCAUGAUACUAUACCCCACCCACUGUUUCACCAUCAAACUAUGAUUUCUUUUGCUCCACAACAGCAGUUACAAAGCUCUUCUGGCUGUGGGAACGAUCAAAUUUCCUGGCAAAGCGCUGGGCCGAUUGGUUUGGGUCACGAUGGUCUCAAUGAGGCAGCCUCUCCCUUGCCCAAACUAUACCGGGGAGUGAGGCAGCGCCACUUGGGGAGAUGGGUGGCGGAGAUUCGCCUCCCUCACAACCGAGCCCGCCUUUGGCUAGGCACCUUUGACAGUGCAGAAGAUGCUGCCUUGGCCUACGAUCGCGAGGCCUAUAGGUUAAGGGGAGCCAAAGCAAGGCUGAAUUUCCCCCACCUCUUCCUCGAUGGCGCCCUCCAUGAAGACCUCGAGACUGCAACACAAAAAGAAGCAAAACCAAAGCAGAUAACAUCAGGUAAUAUUAUCGAAUCUAACAAUACAAAGUGUUCCGGGAUCUCCGCUCAUGAACCUAAGACAAUAGAUGAUGAUUAUGUUAAUCAUGAUCGAGAUGUGGAACCAGAGUGGGCUGGGGAUGAACUUGAAUCAGAUUGGCUCCCAGGAAGCAAUAAUAAUACUUUCUGGGAUCAUAACAUCUCUACUACUACUGAUACCUUUCUACAGCAAUCUGAUUUUGCCAUUUCAAGCUUCCCAGAUGACAAUCUUCCUCAUCUGAGCACCACUGAAGCUGGGAUUCUACAACAAGAGCCUUAUUUGAACUGA